AACGAUCGCGCUCUGCCGCAAGUCGCGCUUUUUGGGUCGGGGAGCUCCCGCAACUUGGCGCUCUCACUCGCUAGUUAACUUACAGACUGCACCAAACAGCCCACCAAGAAAUCCGACCAGGAAGCAACCAGUCCCAGCAACGGCACCACGAUACACUCCACCCUGGCAACCUGGGCUGCGCAUCGCCAAUGUAGUAGACUGACGCAACCAUGUCAGGCUCCAGACCGUCCUCGUUCGCGGGAAAGAGAAGUAGUGGCGUAGCGGGAUUGGGCGACCGGGGCUCGGGGGGUUCUGCGCCGUCACGACCGCGCAUGUCGGAGAAUACCAGUAGGGCGCCAGAACCGAAGAUCAGCAGCCGCUAUGCCGACACCACACAUAAGCGGUCUACCUCAGGCCACCCGUCGGGCCAUCCGAAUCCCCGAUCGACCACCAGCUCUUUCGAGGAGCGCCGCACCGAGAAGGUUCAGGUAACCACGCGAGAAACCAUGAUGUCCCGCACGAGGAGCCCCCAGCACCGCAGCACAACCAGUAGGACCACCGAUGGGUCCAAACAACGAGCGCCCGAGCCGAGGAGGGAGGCUAGGCAAGAGACACCAGUGCCAGAUAAACUCCCCGUAAUAUCAUGGGAACCGGAGGCGACACUCCUACCACACACGACAGCACCUUUGGCAUGCCGCAUCUCGAUACCCCCGCUGGCCUCGGCCGCCCCCCAGACCUUACAACCGAAACCCCUGCAAGAGCUCUCUCUGGAGGCACAGGAGGCUGUGAUUAUCGAAGAUCUACUGUUUGUAUUUAUGGGCUUUGAAGGGCAAUACAUUCGCUUCGGCAAAGGGUACAACCCCUUCGAGGAGCGCGAUCGCUUGUCAGGCCCCCUAUGGCGCAUCCUCCCGGGACUGGACCCGAGUCUGCAGGACCUCACCCAGUCCAUGCUCCGUAUGGCCAGCCACUAUACCGCCCUCGAAACUUUUGUCGAUGUUCAGAGCCGAGAGGAGUUCGGCUCUGUCAACCACGCCUUGUGUGCCUCGAUACGGAAGCUUCUACAGGAAUACCUAGUCAUGGUUGCCCAGCUCGAGACACAGUUCCUCAGCGACGACUCCUUUACGCUCCACGUACUCAACGUGCAUGUAUUACCCACCGUCCACAUGAUGGCUCAACUUUACGCCCUUGCACACGAAUUCCUCAAACGGAACGCCCUGUUGGACGACGAGACGGACGAAUCGAGCGACAGCGACGACGACUACGACCAUAUUCUAGAACAAUUGAGGGACGGCGGCGAGUUGGUACCCGGGAACAUGAUGGGGAAGAAGAUAUGCAAGGGUGGCAUGGUCCUCGGGCUGAUCACCAAGAGGCUGGAGUCUAUGUCGGGAGACCCUGCUGCCCGUGCCCUCCUAACAUCCCUCUUACGAGACGCCAGCCGCCCGUACAUGCAGAUGCUAAACGAGUGGCUACACCAUGGGGGCAUCAACGACCCCCACUCCGAGUUUUUGAUCAAAGAACAGCGAAGUAUUCGUCGGGAGCGAUUGGAACAGGACUACACCGACGAGUAUUGGGAGCGGCGAUAUACCAUCAGAGACCACGGCAUCCCUCCCCAGCUUGAGGGUGUUAAGGACAAGGUCUUGCUUGCCGGCAAGUACCUGAACGUUGUCAGGGAGUGCGGUGGAGUCGACGUUAGUCUGCAAGUUAAGGACGUGCCAGUUUCGUUUGACGACAACCGCUUCCUCGACAAUGUCAACAAUGCCUACGCCCACGCUAACGAGUCUUUGAUGCGGCUGCUCCUGACGGCCCACGGCCUCCCAGCGAGACUGCAAUCGUUAAAGCACUACUUCUUCUUAGACCCCUCGGACUAUUUCUCCUAUUUCCUAGAAUUAGGUGCUUCUGAGCUGCGGAAACCUGUCAAGGCGGUCAACACGAGCAAACUACAGUCACUCUUGGAUCUGGUACUUCGUCAACCCGGCAGUGUGGUGUCCCUGGACCCGUUCAAGGAGGACGUCAAAGUCGAAAUGAACGAGAUCACCCUAACUAAGUCGCUCCAGCGCGUCGUCAACAUUACAGGUAUCGAACAAGGUGAAGCUCUUCAGCCCUUGUCCAGCAACCAACCCGUCGAGGGGGACAAAAAUGCCAACGGCUUCACCUCUUUGCAGCUUGACUAUGCCGUACCAUUCCCUGUUUCACUCGUCAUCAGCCGCAAGACGGUAUGGCGGUACCAGGCGCUCUUCCGGUAUUUGUUAUCGCUCCGCUAUCUCGAGUCACAACUAUCGACAACCUGGCAGACACACACGAGCGGGUUUGUAUGGUCACACAAGUCGUCGGUCCGCAACCUCGAGAUCUGGAAGCGCCGGGUCUGGACGCUGCGCGCGCGCAUGUUGGUCUUUGUCCAGCAGCUGCUCUACUUUUGCACUGCCGAAGUGAUCGAGCCAAACUGGCAGAGCCUAAUGGCGCGGCUGCGCCGACAAGACGGCGGUGACGGCCAGGACGCUACACCCAACGGUUCAACCACAGGUGUAGCCCGCACCGUCGACCAGCUGAUGCAAGACCACGUGGAUUUCCUCGACACUUGCCUCAAGGAGUGCAUGCUCACCAAUAGCAAACUGCUGAGGAUCCACUCCAAACUCAUGCAAACCUGCACCGUCUUCGCAACCUACACCAACUGGCUCUCGCGCGAGCUCGAAAAGGCCGACCCCGACCUCUCCGGCACCACCAAGCCGCCCAACAUGACCGAAGACCAAUGGCGCCACUUCCAGUCCAUCCGCACCCAAAAGACACAACAACAACAAACCCAAGCCUCGCAAGGCCAAAACCAAAACCAAGACCCCAACUCCUCCGUCCUCCAACCCGCCGACAGCAACAACAACAACACCAACAACAGCGGCCCCGGGGGCGAGGAGGCGCGCAUCGCCGAGCUGUUCGACGUGAUGCGCAAGUGGGAGACCAACUUCAGCCGCCACCUGCAGAUCCUGCUCGACGCGCUCAACCACUACGCCGCCACCGAGACUGUUGUGUUGCUCAGCCUGUGCGCGCGCCUGAGCACGGCCAACCAGGGGACCGAGUACGCGGGCAUGAGGGGCGAGGAGGACGGCGGUGUUUGAUAGGUAUGUUUGAUACGCCUUCGUUCUGAGGGGUGGGGGGAG